CGACAGUUCCAACCCAGAACAGGAAUUGAGCGGCUGUAACUCCACUCCACUUGACCACCCAAUUCAUAUAUACGCAACAUUUCGAUUUAAUUUCCAUGGGAAUAUUUCACAGGGCCAAAACGCAGCUUCUUCUCCUUCCCUCCGCAUUUAACUGCCGUCGCCGGAAAUCCCACUUUCCGGUUGCAAAGGGGUGCCGGUUCCGCAACUUCUUGGAAUUUGGCGCCCUUUUCAUCUCGGGUCACACAGAUUUCAAAUGCAAUUGACCUGUUUCUGCACACAAAAUCGCGUAAACGUGUGUAUCUGUUUUCAAGCACGUACAUAUAUAAAUUUGUGUGCAUAGUUGUCGUGAUGGCCGUGGAUUUUCCGGGGAGAUCAAUUCAUAAUGUGUUGGAAAGGGUCGGGAUCAGCCAGAAGCGGUGCAGGUAUGAGAUCCACGCUCAUGACGAAGAUGAGGAUGGGACGACAAUGGAGAUGGUGCAGCUUGGGGCCGAGAGGACAAAAAAUGUGUUGAUCCUCAUGAGUGAUACGGGCGGGGGCCACCGUGCCUCGGCUGAAGCCGUUCGGGAUGCUUUCAAAUUGGAAUUCGGGGAUGAGUACAAUAUUUUUGUAAAGGAUGUUUGGAAGGAAUACACUGGCUGGCCGCUGAACAACAUGGAGCAGCAGUACAAGUUCAUGGUAAAACAUGUGCAACUGUGGAGUAUUGCAUUUCAUGGCACCUCACCUCGCUGGAUACAUUCUAUUUACCUUGCUGCCAUUGCCGCCUUCUAUGCAAAGGAGGUAGAAGCUGGGCUAAUGGAAUUCAAGCCAGACAUAAUCAUUAGCGUUCAUCCUCUUAUGCAGCACAUCCCACUGUGGGUUCUUAAGUGGCAAGGUCUACAAAAGAAAGUAAUCUUUGUCACCAUCAUUACAGAUCUCAAUACUUGCCACCGCACAUGGUUCCAUCCUGGUGUCAAUAGGUUAUACUGUCCCUCAGAGAAGGUUGCAAAGAGGGCACUCCUUGAUGGUCUGGAAGAAUCUCAGAUACAGGUUUUUGGGUUACCUAUCCGGCCCUCUUUCUGCCGGGCAGUUCUCUCUAAGGAUGAGAUAAGAGCAGAACUGCAGAUGGAUCCGGUGCUACCAGCAGUUUUGCUAAUGGGAGGUGGCGAAGGCAUGGGACCCGUCAAGAAAACCGCAAAGGCACUAGGAGAAGCAUUGUUUGAUAAAACUCUUGGGAAGCCGAUUGGACAGAUGGUGGUCAUAUGUGGGCGCAAUGAAUCCCUUGCCUUCACACUACAAGAACAUGAGUGGAACAUUCCUGUGAAGAUAAGAGGGUUCGAGAAACAAAUGGAAAAGUGGAUGGGAGCUUGUGACUGCAUUAUAACAAAGGCCGGCCCGGGUACAAUUGCAGAAGCCUUAAUCAGAGGGCUUCCCAUUAUUCUCAACGAUUACAUACCUGGCCAAGAAAAGGGAAAUGUUUCACAUGUAGUGGAUAAUGGUGCUGGUGUUUUCACAAGAAACCCCAAGGAAACGGCUAGGAUCGUCGUGGAAUGGUUUAGCACCAAGUGUGAUGAGCGGAAAAGAAUGGCUGAGAACGCACUCAAACUUGCACAACCUGAUGCUGUGUUCGACAUUGUGAAGGAUAUUCACGAGCUUGCAGCACAACGAGGCCCUCUUGCUGAUAUCCCUUACACGCUUACCUCCUCUUUUUCAAGCUUAAUAUAAUAUAAUGGCUAGAUACUAGAUAGAUUUGCAUUCUCCUGCCACGUCUAAGGUUUGUUGUUGUAGAAUAACGUUUGUUAUUAUGUACAGGUAGUGUUAUUCAUUUAUCUCAUUCAUUCAAGUCGAUGGUUGUGAAGUUAUUUAUAAGCUGUUCUUCCUAGACAGACUGGAUUUAUAUCUUGUGGUAGGUUUUUCCGUUUCAAGCGUAUUAUAUCUCGUUGGAAAGAUCAUUUUGAGUUCUAAAACUAUUGUUCCGACUCAAUUUACAAUGCAUUAUAGGGUAUAAAUUAACUUGAAAUUCACAAAC